AUGGCACUCGCGUACAUGGGCCGACAGGCAGGCGAACUGCCACUUUCUCGGUCUUCCUCGCAAUCAUCAGGAUGGUUCGAGGCAUUGGCUGAGGAUGUUGCAGACCAGUUGCGGGAGCUAGAUCAGGAUCCUGCCAUACCGGUAGGAAACCUGGUUCCCAGGGCCAGUGUCCCUGUGGCAAUCGCUCCUGUCUCGGCCAUCGCGCCCUGGGCACUCCAGAAGCCAGAUCUUCGCUACCCGCCGCCCCCUCCACCGAAUCCUCCCGUGUUCACGGACAAGAUGGACAACGCAAAUGUCAGUGCGGAUCACAAAAACGGCACUUGUGAUCCUUGUGUCUUUUUCAGCUCGUCCAGGGGCUGCGCGAAGGGAACUGCAUGCCGCUUCUGCCACUUGGGAAACCAUUUCACCCUGGAGAAGGCCAAAGCUAUCCAGCGACCCAGGAAGCAGACACGCGACAAGUACAAGUCCGUGGUGCAGAAGCUUCUGCAGCAGAUGGAGCUAAAUCCAGAGAAAGCCCAUGAGGAGCUGCAGGCCGAAGCAAACAAGAGCUCCUACGUUCGGAAGCUUCUACAGGGCUACUUGGAUGGCAACGAAUCGAUGCUCGAUAUCGAACCACUGCCCCAGUUCCCAAUGGCCUACAGCCCCAUGCCAUUCAGACCGCCGCUUCCCACACCAAUGCACCAACCCUUGGUGUACCCAGUGCAUCAGACAUUCCUCGGGCCGCCGCCUCAUGUGGCAGGCCCGACGCCCCUCUAUGGGAGGUGA